GAAACACAUUGAACAAAAGCACAAGAAAAGACAUUGAGAAAAUGGCAUUGCUACCUUUCAAGGGUGGUGCUGUAGAAUAAAGAAACGAAAGUUGUUGUUUAUGCGUACGCAUUGGCUGCCGUGUGAGAAGAGAUUUUUUUGCAGAUUAGAACAAAGGUGCAAAUUUAGACAUGCCAGUUCCUUAAAAAGACUAGCAAUUUACAAUUUUCCAGGAAUCCACGUCAAAUGCAUGUAUUCCCUCCACUCCACUGACUCUGAAGAUAAUGCAUACGGUGUGCAUCGCGGUCUCGACAAAUGUGCUGAACUGUUGAUGAAUAUUCUUGAAAUUCAAUCUGAAGAAAAAGAAAUGAAGAGAACGACUGUGAAUAGCACAGUCAAACCCACAAAAUUAUCAAAAAACAGAAAGAAAUCAACAAAGUCUUCAUCUAAAAAUACGGCACCAAAAAAAAUCAUAAAUGUUCCAACUGAAAGAGAUCCAGCAAGAACCUUCGAGGGAAAAACGGCAUUUAACGAAAGGUUGGUUGCGUCCACGCCACUCCUCUCCGCUGACCAGCGGAAACAGCUUGAAGACCUUCAGAGGCGAGAGAAGGAUCUAAAGGAACAAAUACAGAUCAUACAGGAGGAAUAUGAACACUUAGGGCAACAACUACCGAUCACCGAGUCGGAACUUGUCGGAACAUUUGAUUCUCGUGAUACGUCAAGCAAACCUCGAGAUACUGGAGUGAAGUCAUCCGAUAGAAGAAAUCUGGAUUUCUGUCGCAAUGCAGAAAAACCGUUUGUGGACGACGCUCCUGCUUUACGCGAAGGAACGAAACUUCGUUCAAAAGACAACCGUACAGUGGUAUCUUCGUCGAACGAUAGGACUGGUAAAGUUGGAAAACAGAGAAAGUUCAAUUUUCCGACAGGGUGCAAGAGAAUUCCUUAGGAAAACGUAGUUACGAUGAGCUUCACUCAGUUCCAAAACACUCUCCGACUGAGGCUAAACAAACAUGCGAUUUACAUCAAGAAGAUGGAGCAAUUGUCGGCGAUGAUUUCAAAUUUGCUGUUUCCGACAUUAAACGGGAUGACUUCAAUGAAGAAAUGGUCGAACAGCAAGAUAAUGUUCCCACUCAUUCACCACAAAAGUUCACAGAUCAUUUGAGAAUCGCUUCUCAUCUAGUUGAUCAACUGCGUGCCGUCCUAGAGAUCUCAGAUGACGGCGAAGUUCAUCGACUGCUGAAGGAGAUUGAGCAUGAGUUGAUGGUGUUGUCCGUGUUGCCCAGUCCCCCUUGCAAGGAAAAUUCUUCACCGCGGGAGAUAAAGACAACGAAAAAGAAACUACGUGGUGUCGAUAUCGAUUUGGCUUUACAACCGUUACGAUCUGAGAACUGUGAUCUACGAAGAAAACUACGUCUUGCAAACCAGAAAAUGAAAGAUCUUCAAGAACAGAUUGAUAAAACCAAUAAAUUCACACAAGAUGCUGCAAGAGACGAAGGAAUUUUAGAGAAACUACACCGGGAAUUGUUUUUGGAAAAAGAAAACGUCAUUGCUGUAAAGCGACAAAAGGAGCAUGCUGAAAAGCUUAUCUUACAAACACAGAAUGAAAACUCCAAUCUUGAGGAGGAAAUUACAAAUAAGGAUGAUGAAAUUGCGUCACUUCAAAAUGAGCUUAGAAAUCUAAGAAGUAAAAUAUCUUCAGAAGCUGAUGUUCUUGCCAAACAGCAACUGAACUCCUUGGAGAUGACGGUGCAAACCAAAAAUAAACAAAUGGCUUUACUGAAUCUUGCCAUUAAACAACGAGAUGGCGAAAUCGAAAGGCUUACGGUGCUCACGAGAGGUUUACAGCAAUCGUUAACAAGAGUUUUGAGCAAUGUUCAAGAUCUUCGUCCAGAUGAUAUUCUUAGUGAUGUCUCAAUGUUAUCUGCAUUUGAUUCAUGGAAACCUUCGGGGAGAAAUCAUUUAGCGCCAAGUAACGUACCACAGAGUACAUCAACGUACCCAUUCAUCCCUCCAUCGAAAAACGUCGCUCAACCAGAUGUGAACUUCAACAUUCAGGAUCUCGGCCUUGCGUGUAACCGUGAGUACACCUCCCCAAGCAGGGUAUAUCGUAGGAUGUCUGUGGAUAGUAUUGCCAACGAUGAAGCAGAUACUAUUAUGUCUGUAUCAUCAACGGAUGAAGCGACUUUCAAACAGGAUCUUGCCAAUCUUGACUCCAUGAUUACGCGUCUUCAAAAUAGUUUGAAAAGAAAAUGAAGAUACGUUAAACAUAUUUCAAUGAGAAGCGUUAAGCUAUCCUCCCUUACCGUCCGGAAAUUACGAUCUUUUUUUAUUUGAAGCCCUAAACUUUACCCGUCCUGGCAUUGCGAUGAAUUUUAUGUGAAGCGUUCAACUAUCCCCCCGUCCUUGCAUUAAAAUAUAUUUUUAUGAGAAACGUUAAAAUCUCCCCUCCCCCCUUUCUUGUUGACUUCAAAGCAUCUAAAAUAUUGUAAAUUUGUAUCUGCAAAGUGUGUCCACACACCCAACUACAAUUUGAAACAUAAAAUAUCCGACAUUGCAAUAUUCCAUAAGAAGCGUCAAACUCCGCCUUCUCUUCUACCUUACCUUUAGUUACGUGUAUGAUUUUGUAACUGCAAAUUGUAUCCACACUCCGCCGAUCCGCGUCGCCGCUUGCAGCUAACUUACAUGUUCAUAAAAAUGGCUUAAAACAAAACUACAAUAAUCUAUAAGUGUAAGAAAAAUGUAGAAAUUAUCUUUUUGAGAUUUUAACCAAACGGAUGGAAGUAUUAGUCGAA